GUACGGUAAAGCUAUUGCGGUUAGGGUUAGGUUUAGGAUGUGGUAAUGGAAUGCCGGAGGGGGGGUGGUGGACGUGGCCGGUGGAGACGAUGACGGGAGGCCGAUGUCAGCAGCGGCGGAAUAUGACGGUGGCGAUGGGUUGCGGGGUCCAAGAGAAACCAUGCCCAAUAUCUAGGGUUUCUUCUAAGUCCCCAACCAAAACGCCCUCGAAUCUCGAGAAAAUUACUCCAAUUACCAUUGAUUUCUAUAUACAGGCCAAAAAAGCUCUAUCCAAGCGUUCGCCCUUCGAUUCCGAGGAUGUCCAGGUUUCCACUGUCCUCAGUCUUCCCAGUGGGUUGGCCAGCUGGUUGUCGAAGUAUUCCGAUGGUCGGAAACUGCAGAAGAAGUCGCAUUCGGGAUCGGAAAAGAAGGGGUCGACGCCCAAUGGGUCUGAGAAAGUCCGUGGAUCAAACAUUUGGGUUGAGACCGAAGAGUAUUUCAGAGAAUUAACUGUGGAUGAUAUUGAAAAAUUGUGUGAGGUAUCAAAAAUCGGAUUUUCGGGUACUGAGAAGUGUUUUCGAAUUCCGUCACGGGGAAAUGAAAGCAGUGUUCGAGAUUACACGUGCAAUGGUCACAUUGCAGACAACCCCAGUGGUGUUAGUGGACAUGGGGUUGAAUUGGAUUCCAGGGUCGGUGUGAAAGGAGAGGCUGAAGAGGAAAGUGAGCAGUUUAUGGAAGUUGAUACUGUAGGAGCUAAUGAAUUGGUUCAACAAGAUAAGGGUAGUUCUUUGCCUCAAUCAUCGGUGCCUUGUAGUGGUUUCGAAUGGUUAUUAGGUUCUAGGAGUAAGAUUUAUCUCGCCUCAGAGCGGCCUAAUAAGAGACGGAAGCUUUUAGGUGGGCAUGCAGGGUUAGAUAAACUACUGGUUGCUUGUCCAGUUACAGGGUCAUCUUCUUUAUGCCAUUAUUGUAGUUUGGGUGACAUGGGCGACCAGUUAAACCGGAUUAUUGUUUGUAAUUCUUGUGGUGUGGCAGUUCAUUGGAGAUGUUAUGGUGUGCAUGAUGAUGUGGAUGGUUCUUGGUUAUGUUGUUGGUGUAAGCGGAGGAAAGAGGUUCUAGCUAGUGAUAGGCCUUGUUUACUUUGCCCUAACCAGGGUGGUGCUUUGAAACCUGUUCGGAAGAGGGGUUUUGGAAGUGAAAAUGGCGGGUCAGUGGAGUUUGCUCACUUGUUUUGUUGUCAGUGGAUGCCUGAGGUCUAUGUAGAGGAUACUAGGACAAUGGAGCCGAUUGUAAAUCUUGAAGGAAUGAAAGAAACUCGGAAAAAAUUAAUUUGUUAUUUAUGCAAGGUGAAGUGGGGUGCUUGUGUUCGGUGCUGUGACGGAGCUUGCAGAACUUCUUUCCAUCCUCUAUGUGCUAGGGAAGCAAGACAUAGAAUGGAGAUAUGGGGCAAAUUUGGAUAUGGUGAUGUUGAGCUAGGCGCGUUUUGCUCAAAGCACUCGGAUGCCCAGAAUAAUUGCAGCACCCAACAAGUAGGGGAACUGUCUGCAGCAAAUGGUUUUGAUUCCUGCAUGUCUGAACAGCGGCUAACAGUAUCAACUGUGAACAAACCACCUAAGUUAAGGAUUGGCCGAAGACGUGGAGAUACAAAUGCUGUCCACGGUGAAACAACAGAAAAUGACUUGGAUAAGUUGGGCAGGAGCAUAUUACCUGAGGAUGGGUUGUCAGAUACCAGUUCAAAUUCCAAACUUGGGCGAGAAUAUAGUGAUGCUCAGGAACCUGGUAGCAUGGAUAUGUUAGUUAGGGACAGAAGUGAAGACGUUAACAUAUCUGAGACUCUAAACUUCAUGUUGAUUCUGAAGAAGUUAAUUGAUCGAAGAAAAGUCAACAUGAAAGAUGUGGCGUCAGAGAUUGGUGUCUCUCCUGGUUCAUUGGCCUCAGUGCUCACUGAGGAAUGCAUGGCCCCUGAUUUGCAUUGCAAAGUAGUUGAUUGGCUUAUAAAUCAUGCUUAUAUUGGCAGUUCAUUCAAAAAUCUGAAAUUUAAAAUUAAAUCCACAAUCACAUGCAAAGCUGAAAUAGGAUUUGCUCAUGAUAGUGAAGCUGUUGCAGUAUCAGAAUCUGAUAUCCCUGAUGUGGUUUCUGUUAAGUCAGUACCACCUAGGAGGAGAACCAAAGGCAACAUUAGAAUUUUAAAUGAUGAAAAGGUUACAUGUUCAUCUAAGGAAAUUAUUAGCAAUGAUGGGCUGGUGAUUGAUGAGGCUCACAGUGGCCACUUUUUCAGAGAAGAUUUGGCUUAUCCAAGUAAGGACUUUGUUGCUGAUUUCACUGAGAAGAUGUCAGUUGAGGCUGUUGGUGUCCCGAAUAGUUUGCCAAUCAAUUCUCUUAUGUCUGAAGGUGAUCUAGCCAAACACAUAAACCCCUGCUUCUCUGAGGGUGGUCAGGCAGACAACGAUGCCAUUUCUGAGCAAAGUGCUAUCGUGAAUUCAGAACACAGGAACCUUAGUUGUUCUGUUGCUAUGAAUCCAAUUCCUAAUUUCAUCAAAUCCGCGGCAUCGUCUAGCUUUUACGUCCACCCCCUUAUACAAUACAAAUUGAUGCAAAUGCAGAAGCGGGUCCUAUCAAAGAACACAAAUCAAGAGUAUGAUGGUUCAAGGGACAGAGAAUCAUUGGAUAAUCCUUCAAGUGUCGGCAUCUGUGGUCAUCAUCAACAUUCUACUUCCACUGACCUGAGUUCCAAAGUUGAUGUGGUAGAUCUAGAACCGUUGGUCAAGGCUAGGAACAUGGACAUAUUAGGACGGUCUCCAUUAGAUGAAGUGGAAGGGGAACUUAUUUUUUGUCAGCAUAGGUUACUGUGCAAUGCAGUUGCAAGAAAGAGCUUCAGUGACGACUUAAUUUGUAAGGUUGUGAAGAGUCUUCCCCAGGAGACUGAUGUUGAAGGGAACCGAAAAUGGGAUGCUGUACUGGUUAACCAGUAUCUUUGUGAGCUUAGAGAAGCAAAAAAGCAGGGAAGAAAAGAGAGACGGCACAAGGAAGCUCAGGCUGUGCUUGCUGCUGCAACUGCUGCAGCUGCAGCUUCAUCUAGGAUUUCAUCAUUUAGGAAAGAUUCCAUUGACGAAUCUGCUCAUCAGAAGAACCCACUGAAAGGGACCAUUUCUAAUGGAAGGGCUGGGCUUUACUCUCAGCACAUGCCACAAGCAAAGGAGACGCUUCCAAGAUUGGCUGUUUCACGGGCUUCAUUAGAAAAGAACUCUUAUUUAGAUUGUUCUAAAGGACACCCCAGAACUUGUGACAUCUGCAGAUGGUCUGAAACAAUUUUGAACCCAAUCUUAGUCUGUUCGGGUUGCAAGGUUGCAGUUCACUUAGAUUGCUACCGUAUUGUUAAAGAUUCUACGGGACCAUGGUAUUGUGAAUUCUGUGAAGAUAUAUUGUCAUCUAAAAGCUCUGGAGCUCCAGCCCUCAAUUCUUGGGAGAAGCCGUAUUUUGUUGCAGAGUGUAGUUUAUGUGGUGGCACUGCUGGUGCUUUUAGGAAGUCAACUGACAGACAAUGGAUCCAUGCCUUCUGUGCUGAAUGGGUGUUAGAAUCAACAUUCAGAAGAGGACAAGUGAAUUCUAUUGAGGGAAUGGAGAAAGUUUCCAAAGGGUGUGACGUUUGCCAUGUCUGCCAUCGCAAACAAGGUGUCUGCAUAAAGUGUAAUUACGGUCACUGUCAGAACACGUUUCAUCCCUCUUGUGCCAGAAGUGCUGGCUUCUACAUGAAUGCGAAGACUAGUGUUGGGAAGUUGAAGCACAAGGCUUAUUGUGAAAAGCAUAGCUUAGAGCAGAGAACCAAGGCUGAGAAUCAAAGACAUGGAGGUGAAGAACUGAAAAGUCUUAAGCAAGUUAGGGUUGAAUUGGAAAGGUUACGCCUUCUUUGUGAGAGAAUUAUCAAACGAGAGAAAUUGAAGGUAACGUUUCAUAGUGUAUCAAUGGAAUUCCUGUCACGUAGGUUUCCGAACAUUUGUAAACUUUGGUGUUGA